GCUUUUCCCCGCCCCUCGGUCCCUAACUGACAGAACCAACACGACUCCGCAUGCACGCGACAGGCACACCUGGCGACUGCGCCCGAGGUCUCGCAAUGCACUCUAUACGCAGUGUUGAAGCUGUCAUGCUUCACGAAACUAGGUAUACGACGGCCAUCGCAAUAAAACGACCUCCGUGACAAGGACAAUGACAUCACAGAGACCAAUCCGUAUUGCAGGUGAUGCUCCGGUUCUACAACAGAUCGCCGCAAUGCCAUGACUUUGCUUGCGUCAAAUUUCGAACAUGACCCGAUAGACGUUCUAGUGGGCGAUUGGAUGAGCGAGGCCAAUAUGACAGCUCGUGCUAACGUCAAGCUGAACGGUCAAAUGGAAGCAUACGAGCCGACCUUCCUCGAAGCCCUCGAGCCAGCCCUCCCGCACAUCGCCAAGCAUGGCAUCAAAGUUGCUGUGAACGCAGGCGCAUCUGACACGAGGAGACUACAUGAAGCGGUAGUGAAAAUGGUUGCGACGAAAGGCCUGGAUUUGAGCGUGGCGUGGAUCUCCGGCGACGAGGUGCUGCCCCAACUCCUGGACGCGCAAAAGAGAGGCGAGUCGACUUUCGAGAACAUCUGUACUGGGCAGCAGCUAGACGAUUGGCAGUUCGAGCCCAUCUACGCACAAGCAUAUCUUGGAGGACUAGGGAUCGCCCACGCUUUCGAGAAAGGCGCGGAUAUCGUCCUUUGCGGGCGAGUUUCCGAUGCCAGUCCGCUCAUUGGUGCUGCAUACUGGUGGCACAAGUGGCAGCAGUCUGAUCUCAGUAAGCUCGCGAAUGCCUUCGUGGCAGGACACCUGUCUGAGUGCUCUUCGUACAGCACGGGCGGCAAUUACACUGGAUUCAAGGACCUCGAGUGCCUUGGUUGGGAGAAUAUAGGCUAUCCCAUCGUUGAGAUAUCACAUUUGGGAGAUGUCAUCAUCACGAAGAAUAAGGGCUCUGGAGGCGAAGUGUCUAUCAACACACUCACAUCUCAGUUCCUAUACGAGAUUCAAGGUCCUUGGUAUUUCAAUUCGGAUGUAACUGCGGUACUGGACAGGAUCUCGUUCGAAUACAUCUCGGAGAACCGCAUCGCUCUGAGAGGCGUCAUGGGGGCGCCGCCACCCCCCACGACCAAGGUGGGCAUCACGGCAAAGCCUAUCUACCAAGCUGAGAUGCACUGGUUUUUGACCGGUCUGGACAUACCCGCCAAGGCGCGUAUGAUGGAGCAACUCAUCCGCGUACAAAUGGGUGCUCAUAUCAAAAAUUUCACAAACCUGACCUUCCAAACAAUCGGGUCAUGUGAAGAGAAUCCUACAAGUCAGAAUGCAGCAACGGUCGACUUUCGUGUGAUUGCACAAUCGCGCAGAGCUGAAAAUUUAGCCCCGGCCAAAUUUGUGCGACCCUGUAUCGACCCAAUUAUGUGUGCAUAUCCAGGCGCAACGCCGCAUCUCGACCUACGGCAAGCUUUUCCAAAGGAAGUCUUUGAAUACUAUGUCACGCUUUUGCCCCAAUCCGCUAUUGAACACAAGGUUCACCUCGCAUCUGGCGAGACAUUUAUUGUCCCGCCACCUUCUCAUACAAAAACCUGGUCGAAGCAUCAGCCCACGCAAGACGUGACUGUUGCGUCCAGACACCUUGGUAGUUUUGGUCAUACAGUGAGGGCGCCUUUGGGAAGCAUCGUGCAUGCGCGUUCGGGCGACAAGGGCUCAGACUGUAAUGUGGGCUUCUGGGUUCGUCAUCAGGACGAGUAUUCGUGGCUGCAAAAUCUUCUAUCGACACAGUUCAUGAAGCAGUUGUUGGCUAGCGAGUAUAAUGGUAAGAGGAUCGAGAGAUGCGAAUUCCAAGGUCUGAGAGCAGUCCAUUUUCUUCUCAAAGAUCAUCUGGAUCGAGGCGUCAGUUGUACAACGAGUGUGGAUUUUUUGGGGAAGAAUUGUGCUGAGUUUCUCAGGGCGAGACUCGUGGAUAUUCCCCUGAGGUUCUUGGCGAGAGGACGGAUAUGAGAAGCACUGGAGCCAUGUACCGAUGCACAAUGCUGCGUUAAGAUUGCGAAGCGUCCGCCACACAGUAUUAUCGUUUGGUCCCAGCAGACUACCAACGGGAAAAGGGCGGGCGGGAACACAGUGGGCAUCUCUCAGCACUACCAGCCGUCCAUUUACUCGAUACAAACUCG